AUGGAGAUAACGCAAGACAAGGUUGACGAGCUCAAGACAAUGAUAAAAACCUGGGUUUCACCAUACGAGGAAUAUUAUUAUCAGUACUCUGAGUCACGUCUAUCCACAUGUACACUGACAAUCCACACCAUCCUGCACGUCCCAUUCUACCUUCGUCAAACAGGACCUCUGUGGGCGUCUUGGGCGUUUGUGAUGGAACGGUUUUGUGGACAUUUGCUCCCAGCUGUCAAGAAUCGCCUCCGACCGUAUGAAAACCUCAACAACUACAUUCUUCGUCGCGCACAGAUGCGGAUGGUGUCAAUAAUUCACAACCUACCAGCACUUUGCGUUACACCCUAUUGCAAGGCUCGCACCAAGGAAGGAUUUGAGCUAUUGUCUCAAGAAGUAUAUUACCCAAAGUUCAAAACCAUCGUCCUUGGUACCCCGGUUACUAAACGGGUACAAUAUACAGAUCAGUUGCAAAACAGGUUCACCAAGUACUUUGGCCCAGUAUACCCCCAUUUAACAGCCGCUGAACUGAAAGCGGGAAUCAACAAGGAGUCCAUUGUCCGCUACGGACGUUUCCGCAUGGCCGACGAUGGGGAUUGCAUCCAAACAUCAGCAUUGAUUUCAGCUCAAGACUUGAUAUUUCGCGAUAAUUCCUUCGUAAGAUACUCCCUAUGGCCCAAUGCAAAUGCUGCCUUCCAAAGACGCGACGAUGUCCCGUUCCAAGAGGUCCAUUACGGACAAAUCCACGAUAUCUACUUCGUGGUCUUUGAGAAGCCAUACCUAGAUGGAAGCAAAUCAGAGAGCGAGGAAGAGGACGGGGAGGAAUUAGAUGAGGCCGAGAAGGAAUUGAAGGAACUUCAGAAACGACAAAAGCCGUUUCUGCUGGCAUUCAUAGAACCCUGCAACACCAGGGGCCUGGACGCGACCAAUCCAAACACUCCAGUGGUCAAGUACAAAGAUAUGCUGACUCCUCAUAUGGUCCAUAUCAAUACGAUUGAGGCUGUGGUUGGACGGGUUCCACAAGGAGAUUCGUGGGCCAUAGUUGAUCGCAGUCGGAAAGGAGCUCGGACAGUAUUUGUGGAUGAAGAUUGA